AUGGCAGUCGACUGCCCAAUCUGCAACAAGCCAGUAAAACCAUCCGAGAUCAACAAUCACAUCGACUCGGGAUGCGAGAAAUUCGUGAUAGAUAAAGAUAAAGACCCGACACCGCCGCAUUCACAGACACCGCAAAGUAACUCGCAAAAACGCAACGCCUCGAAUUUCUUCUCAACGCCCGCACCAAAACGACAAGCUGCUUCUGAAACUCGAACAUUCACGUCGAAGGAAGCCCUGCAACCAAUAGUAGGGAGGAAAAGAACGUUUGAAGAAGGUCCUGGGGAUGGAUUCGGAGCAAACAUCAACGGUACCGACGGCGCGACGAACGGAGAUGGUGUUAAUGGAACGAGUGGGUGGGAUAAAGCAACAGAGCAGGAUGGACGAGUGGUCAAGAAGACCAAGACACAACGAGCUGCGCCCUUGGCCGAACGAAUGCGACCACGAACACUCGACGAAGUAUGCGGACAGGACCUAGUUGGGCCAACGGGCGUUCUGCGGUCCCUCAUUGAGUCAAGUCAAGUGCCUUCCAUGAUUCUAUGGGGUGCUUCAGGGACAGGAAAGACGACAAUAGCACGUUGUAUCGCGCACAUGGUUGGCAGUCGAUUCAUCGAGCUAAAUGCUACCAGCACCGGAGUCAGCGAAUGCAAGAAAUACUUCCAGGAGGCAACCAACGACCUUGCUUUGACUGGUCGCAAGACAAUUAUCUUUUGUGACGAAAUUCAUCGCUUCAACAAGGCUCAGCAGGAUGUUUUCCUCAAGCCUGUCGAGGCCGGCACUGUGACGCUCAUUGGUGCUACAACAGAGAACCCAUCUUUCAAGGUAGCGAGUGCUUUGCUAUCACGUUGCCGUACAUUUACACUACGGUCUCUCACAACUGAGGAUGUGGUGCGCAUUCUGCAGCGAGCGAUCAAGGAAGAAGAAUCGGUAUAUCCAUCAACACCACUUCUAGAUGAAGCUAUGGUCACAUAUCUCGCCCGGUUCGCAGAUGGCGACGCUCGCACUGCUUUGAACUUACUCGAACUGGCUCUCUCACUCACAAAGCGUGAGGGUAUUACACAAGAAGAUAUUAAAGCUGCACUUACAAAGACUCUUGUAUAUGACCGUGCAGGAGAUCAACACUACGACACUAUAUCUGCAUUCCAUAAAUCUGUACGAGGAAACGACGCAGACGCGGCACUCUAUUACCUAGCUCGCAUGCUUCAAUCAGGCGAAGACCCAUUGUUCAUCGCCCGUCGCAUGGUUGUGAUUGCCUCUGAAGACGUUGGACUGGCGGAUAACACCCUCCUGCCCCUCGCAACGGCCACAUACACAGCCACCCAACAAAUCGGCAUGCCUGAAGCACGCAUCCCCCUCGCCCACUGCGCCGUCGCACUAUGCAACGCACCCAAGAGUACCAAAGCGUAUCGCGCUCUUAACAACGCCUACGCAGCUCUUCGCGAACCAGGUGUCGCCGGCCUUCCUGUACCGCUACAUCUACGCAACGCGCCUACACGACUUAUGCGCGAUAUGGGAUAUGGAGCCGAGUAUAAGUAUCCACCAAACUACCGCGAAGGACGAGUCAAGCAGACAUAUCUGCCCGACGAGCUACUUGGACGUCGCUUUGUUGAGGAUCGGGAUUUGGGUACUGAAGUUGACCCAGACCUUGAGAUGGGCGGAAUUUAA